CCAUCAUCCAUCACCCCUUCCCGUCCUCGUCACAUCUUCCUCACUCUUUCUUUUCCUUCUUCAUCACCAUCACCCCGCACUACAUUCGCACACACACAGUCCGCCGCCAUGCCAGCACUCCCCGCCGCCGCCCGCCUCAACGAGGCCGACCUCGAGGCGUUCACUACCACCGCCCCGCCCCCACCAUACUCCGAGUCGGCGACCGACUUCCCCACGACGCCCCAGCACGUCAACCGCCCCCGUCUUCCAGAGGGAAAGCGCAACCACAACCUGCGUAACCUGCCAGAGGAUGCCACCUUAGUCAAGUUCCAGACCAUUGUCCGCGAGGGGCAGGAGAUUGUCGUCGGCCGCAUCAAGGUGCCCACCCCCGGCCCCAACCAGCAUGCGUUCAUCCUCCGCCGCUAUGACACGCAGGCCAUCUCGCUCACGACAAUGUUCAAGGUGUCCUUCCCUGGCGCCACCGAGGAGGAGGAGAAGAAGGAGAUGGAAUGGGUCCGCUCUUCAUACGACACGCGCAACACGAACGGUGGCCGUGACUGCGAUGCCGUCCGCCUUGCUGGCCAGUGGGUCUCGCGCCACCUUGCCAUCCACCUCGCCCCUGCGUAUGGCAUUUCCAACCUCGUGACGGCUCUCUCGCGCGCCGUUCCCGACCCCUCGGUCUCGUACCGCAAGUCGCAGCGCUCGCAGGCUGCCGCCGACGAGCUGGCCAAGCAGAAGGCUUCGGCCACCGGCGCGCCUGCCGCUGGCACGCCCACCCGCGCUGCCCCGUCGCUCGCCGCUCCCGCUACCGAGACCGCCGCCCGCACGCCCAAGCGUGCGCGCAAGACCACCUCUGAGGCCGCUGGCACUCCCGAGGCGUCUGGCUCGCGUGUGUUCACUGUCGAGGCGACGACCACAGUCACUGCCCCCGCUGGCACUGCCGUCGACAUGAACGCCGAGAUCGAGUCGGCCAAGCAGCUCGUCCGCGACCUGAAGCAGCAGCUCCGUGACCGUGCCGCUGCUGGCGAGGACCUCGAGGACCAGGGCUUUGCUCAGCCCGAGAGCAGCAGAGGCGCCAAGCGCACCGCUGGCGAGACGGACGAGGGUGUCGCCGUUUCGAGCGGAGCCAAGGGCGGCGAGCGUGCUAUCCGCACGAACAAGCGCGUUGAGCAGGCCACCCCCGCUGUCGAGACGGCCAAGCGCCUCGCCUUUGGCUCCAUCCUCCUGGGUGUCGGUGCCUCGGCUGGAUACUUCCUCCCCCAAUACCUCCCUCAGAUCGGCCAGUUUGCCUCGCAGUUCUUCUAGAGAGCUAGCGAUUAUAGGUCAGUAGCAACGUAGCCCGUAGACUUCGUGUGGCAAACUGGCUCUCUCGCGCUCCGCAAAGGACCUAUCCCACCCCACCCCCUCCUUUCCAAACAAAACCCAUAUACCCUUCCCUUUAUAGAGCCGUAGGCCGUAGCCGCUGUAAUCCGUAGCCCGCCACAUAGUACCAUAGCGUUCCGUGGCUCGUGGCUCGGGUCCCCUCGUUUGUGUGUGUUCUGUGGCGGCGUCAAGUCUCAAGCCGAAGGUGAGUGUCUUGUGAUGUGUGCCGUAGCAUUGGUAGCUGUGUAUACCUAGGCAGUAGGCGGAUGUGACUGUGAAGCUGAGCACGAGCAGGAGCACGCGAGCGAAGCGAGCGUGCGAGGGGGAGGAGGGAGGAG